AUGGCUGUUGGACUUUCGACUGUUGGGAAUCCCGCGGUCGAUGAGGAGGCUCGGGCUGAAGUGGACGUUCUCAACUCACGUCUGGACAAAACUGCGCAGCUGACGAAGAAGAUCCAAGCCAGCCUCGGUCGACUGGAUGCGACCGGGCAAUGCGUGCGCGAUGUCGCCGGUCCUCUCAGCGUCGAAACCAAGCGUCUUCAAGUGCUUGGCAACAACAUCGAUGCCGUAUUGGCCGCUAUAGAGCGUUUGAGGCAGCCGACCGACAGUAAAAACAACGAGGAAGCCAUUAUUCGAUCUGGUCCAGAAAAUGCCGGCCUAUCUAAUUUUCUAGCCUCCAUCCAACGUCUCAAUGUGUCUCAUAGGGACAUGCAGGCAUCCAAUCUACGCGCCAACCAGGAGACUAUGGCGGAGCUAGGACGCCUCAUAAAGUCUGGGAAUAGUCAACUUGAGGGUCACUUCGACAAGCUGCUGCGGAUGGAGACGCCACGCUCGAUUGAGCCCCUACAUUUCGUGACCAAAGAUCAGCCAUUCCCUGUUUUGACUCGGGAUAACUUCGCUCAUCUCAGACUCAUCUAUUCACACCUUGCUGCCAACAAUCACCAAAGUGCGCAAGAAUCGUCUGUUGCCACAAUAUACAUUGAGAUCCGCGGUCCCUAUCUCGCAUCAUCGCUCUCGAAUCUGGCGGCAGCGAGUGUCAACACGGCGAAGAAGAAAACCCCACAGGCUGCGUACAAGCCAGGUACGAACGGCAUCGGGACGUAUGCGCAGGCUAUGGAAGGAAUAUUCGUGUCUGAAUACGAUAAUAUCUGUCAGAUUUUCGCUAGAGAUGAAUGGGGCAUGGUCUUCCAAGCUACGUGCCAGCCAGCGUUGACUGAGCUGGCUCGAACUCUGAGGGAGAUCAACAGCCACAUCAAAUCCCAUCUAGGGACUGACUGCUUUCUCGCGUAUGAGAUCACCGAAAUCAUGUCGAGUCUUUCGGGCAACCUUGAAACCCGGACUGGCGAGCUGAAGGGCGCACUUGCCGCUGCGCUCAAGCCAAUCCGAGAGACGGCCAAGAUUUCUCUAUCGGAGCUCAUUGAAGAUGCCAGAAGGAAAAUCAAUGGUUUGCAAACGCUCCCGGCCGAUGGUGCCUCGGCCCCAGUUGUGUCAGAAACACUGCGGCGCCUACAAGCCAUGGUCGAGUUCCUACGCCCAAUGUCUAGUAUCAUGGUGUCUAUUGGAGAUGGCGGUUGGAAAGGCCAAAGCUCUGCAAACAGCCGACCGUCGGACGCUAUCCCGAGUCUAGCAUCGUUCGAUGUAGGCGCGGACGGUCGGGAAAUUUUUGCACACUACUGCGCAGAUACCAUCGAUGUUCUGCUUUCCUCUUUGGAGCAAAAGGCACGUGUUUUGCACAAGAACAUCUCACUGGCCGGCGUCUUCCUCGCCAAUAGCGUGAUCAUCAUCGAACGAAUGAUCGUCGACUCUGACUUGUCGCCUCUGCUGGCGUCGAGGUCUGAGACGCUGGCGCAAUGGCGCAAGAAAUCAACAGCCAUGUACACAGACGUUUGCAAGAACCUCUCGGCCUGUCUAUUCGACACUAUCCACACCACGCGAACCAAUCGGCCGACGUCAGCCUCUGCGGACUCUGCUUCAGUCGUAAAGAAUCUCAGCAGUAAGGACAGAGACAAGAUCAAGGAGAAGUUCACUCAAUUCAACAGCGGCUUCGACGACAUGGUAUCGCGUCACAAGUCGUACAAUAUGGAGCGGGAAGUGCGCGCUCUAUUUGGUGAAGAUAUACGGCAGAAAUUGCAGCCGCUGUAUGAACGCUUCUGGGAUCGAUAUCACGAAAUUGAUAAAGGCAAGGGGAAGUAUGUCAAGCACGACAAAUCCCAGAUGGCUGCCAUCUUCACCAGUUUGGCAUCGUGA